CUAGCAAACACGCUCUGGUCUCGCGUUCAUAUUUCUCAGCCUUCUGUGUUUAUAUUUGUGAAAACGGGACAUUUCACUCGCCGUAAGGUUUCAGUGUUCAUCAGACCGGAAGCAGGAGGAUCUGUGACCCCGUUCUGGACUCUGGACUCACUUGAAGGUGUGAAGAGAUGUCCGUGUGGCAGCAGGAGCCUUCGGGUUACUCUCCAUGUGUGGAGAUCGACUCCAGCUCGGUGAGGUGUAAAGACAGCUUCACCUCUCCAGCCUGGCUGAAGCAGGAACAGGACGAACUCCGCAUCAUCAAGUGGGAGAACUUCGGGACAGGAACGUCGACUGACGCUGUUCAGGAUAACACACCGAGCAGCGCCAUGUCAGCAGCCUCACAGGUUGAAAGCCUGCCCCCGAGGGUGCUGUUGACCAUCACUAAGCUCCAGUGCAUGCUGGAGAGCAAACAGGAGCGCAUCGCCGCCCUGGAGAGGCAGGUGGAGGACCUGAUGCAGGACCGCAAGUUUCUGAGGAGCCAGAUAGAAAACCUCACAAGUAACCGCACACUGCACACGUUUGCAUCGCCCAGUCCCGUGACAGAAGCACCAAAAGCCAGCAAAGUGCAGCACUCAGAAAACAAAUCAAAGAAGAGAGAACGAGUUUCCUGCAGCUCCUCUGACAGCAGCAACAGUGACUCUGCAGAGUCAGACUCAUCAGAAGUUUCUGCAGCUUCAAGCGAACACAGACGGAAAAAACACCACAAAGACAAGAAAAGAUCGAAGAAAGGGAGAGACUACUGCAGGAAGAGAGCCACUGGGGUCCAGUACGUCAUCCACCGCUACAAACAAGUCCUGUCAGCAUUUAUCAAGAAGAAAAACAUGUCUGAAGCUUUCCGUCAUCUGGGAAUUGACCGGAACACCAUCGCCAACACGGCAUCCAUUGCUGAACUCCACCUGGCUGGUAAAGACAUGGUGCCGUUGGUGGGCGCGUUUCGCCAAGGAGAAGAAACUCUUGUCAGUUACGCCCAAAGGUGCACGCUGGUCAUUGACAGUGACCCAGAACUGGCGAGGAGAAUAGACCAGAUGAAAGCCAAUUCAGAGCUUCUGCCCAUCUCAGGGAAGAGGCAGAGGAUGAUGCACUCUCACAUGGCGCCAAUAGGAGAUACCACAGAAAGCAUUUUAAUAGGUUAAUGAUUAUUUCAUUUCAUGGAGAAGGGAUAACAAUAAUGACUCACUAAAGGGGGUUCAUUUGUUUCUUCUUCUCUCAAUCUAAACUGCUGGAUUUAAAUAUUUCAUGUAGCAUUUUUGCAAUUUUCUAAGUUAAUUUCUUUCUUAAGGGAACCAAAAUGUAAAUGAGGCUCACAUUUACACAUCUAUGUUGUGCAUUUUGUACUUGAUGGUCAUGAAAAAUAGCAGCAUCAUGUUUUUAUUUUUUAGGAUGAUUUAGUGCAGUGGUUCUCAGCUGGUAGGUUGAGACCCAAAAGUGGGUUGCUUAGCUCUUUCCAGAAGGUUGUAAAUGUGUACCAGGGAAAAAUAGCAGUGAAGUCUGUGUUUGGAAGCCUUAAAAUGAUAAACAGUAAAUUCAUUCAUGUAUUUAUUAGGUACUAAAAGUACAUUUCAGUGUUUGUCUUGAGAUUCCUACUCAUUAAGCUUUCUUUUUUGGAUAAUAAAGCUGGUUUUCCCCAAGAUAAUCAGGAAAUUCCUGGAAAAUAAUUACCAAAUGACCAUGCUGUCUCAGAAAAAUGGAGUUAAAUUAGGAUAAUUAAGCCUGAUUCCUGCUUCUGCGUCCUGUCAACGGCGUAGCUACGCGUAGCCCUCUGCGUCAACAUGGACCCCUACGCCGUAGCUUGACCCGCAAAUCCUUACUAUACGUCGUGGCAACGCGAACCGCAAGGUCUGUGAUUGGUCCGCUCAAAACAUCAUUUCUGGCAGUUGCUUUUUCUGGUCUUUAUUCCUGCAAUGCCGCCAGGUUUUUGUGGAGAGGUGCGAGUUUUUCAACGAAGGAUCAAGUCGAAGAGUCUCGGUCGCCAUUGUUUACUGUGACUGAAAGAUAAACAAGGAUUUGGAUGUGAGCCCUCUGAAACCACACACACACAGCCACUCCCCUUAGCGGCAUGGCGGUGAAUUGCAGAGCGAUGCGUUCCCUCAAUGCAGAACUUCGAAUGGUCAAUGGCGUCGUGGGUACGCCGUUGACGUGACGCAGAAGCAUAAAUCAGGCUUUACAGUACUUUUGAAAAGGAUUGACCCCCGUGGAUGUUCUAUGCUUUUAUGAAUUUUACAAAUCUUCUGUGGUCAACAUAAUUUGGCUUUUUUGACAAAGUAUUAAAUCUAAAAACUCUUAAAUGUCAAAAUGAAAACAGAUUUCUACAAAGUAAUCUAUUAAAUGAAAAUAUGCUGUGUAAAAUAAAUAUUCCUCCUUCUAGUCAGUCUUUAGUAGACUCUCUUUUGUCUGCAGCCUCAGCUCUGAGUCUGACAGGUCUCAGUCAGGAUCAAACAUCUGGUCUCUGCAGUUUUACUCCCUUCGUCUUAGUCAGGUCGCGGAGAGAUCAGGGAUCAGACUUUUCAAGUCCAGCCACAAGUUCUCCAUUGGAUUGGAUCUGUGUCUCGGUAGCCUCUCUCACUAGUCUCCUUGCACGGUCACUCGAUUUGUGAGGUCGACCUGAUCCAGGCAGAUUAAUGCGUGUGCCAUAUUCCUUCUAUUUCUUGAUUAUGGAUUAAACUGAACUCUCUGGGAUUUUUGGUGCCUCAGAAAUCUUUUUGGAUCCGUCCCCUGACCUGUACUUUUCACCAACAUUUUCUCUGAGUGUUCUUUUGACAUCAUGAUGUAAUGGUAGCCAAGUACACUGAUUAACCAGCUACUGGACCUUCCAGACACAGGUGUUUUUAUCCUACAGUCACUGAGACACUUUCAGGUGAUCCCCAUUUCACUAACUCUGAGACUGUUAGCACCAGAUAGCCAGACCUCUGUUGGAUUAGGUCAGUCACUUAAAGGGAGUGAAUAUUUAUGCACUGACUUAUUUUACAUUUUUAAUUGACAUUACAUUGUACAGAUCCAUUCUCACCUGAACAUUAAAGAGGGGAUUUUUGUAUUUUUUAGCCAAAAAAAGCCAGAUUAUAUUGAACCUGAUUGGUUUCUAAAAUCGAUGAAAGGGUCAAACAUAAGAGGGGAUGGUUCCUUUCAUAGGCGCUGCACAUGCAGUCAUGUGCUCUUUAAACAUGUUGGUUUAGUUUUGCCCUUUUGAUCUAUUUAGGAUCCAAACUGCAACAUUUUUCAUUUAUUUAACUUGAGUGGUUAAAAAUUUAAAGGCGGGUCCUGAUGCCCCACCAGUUGAGAACCACUGAGCGUGUAGUUUUAGAACCAUCCACAAGAUGGCAGUAGGCGCACAUAAAAUCAUGUUUAGAAAUCUCUUCAUUCAAUCCAAAAUGGUGGAAGUUGAUUUCCAUUUUCCAGUCUGUUGGAGAAUUAACUUCCUGUCCAUCAACGCUGUGAAGAUGUUGACCUUAUCCUGUUAUACAUGUUCUGUAAAAAUCUGCAUUUGUCUGAAAGUGUGUAAGUGUUUCUGAAGCUGCCAAAAUGAACACAG